AUGACGGUUUGGGGAGAGUGGGAGAAUCAUUUGUGUGAUAAUGGACUCUUCAGGAAAGACUGGGGGGAGAGCACAGCAGGAACUACAUUUCCCAGGACGCUCUGCGCGGGCCUUGAUGUCUGUAACGCGCGGACGGUGACGUCACGUAAAGGCAUGGCUGCGUGCGGACUGGGGGCGAGGCUGGCUCUGCGGGGCCGGGGCUUCUUCUCCUCGCUGUGUCCCGGUGUCGGGCUCAGGGGCUACGCCAAGAAGGCCGUGACCAAGUCCAAGGGGAAAAGCGUCGCCAAAGAGGCCCUCCAAGGGCCCGAAGUCUGCAAGGACCCCAUCCUGCUCACCACCCACGCCAUGGGGGCCCACAUCUACAAGGAGGGCCCCCCAGUGACCCUCAAGCCAGAUGCUGAAUACCCAGAAUGGCUUUUCCAGAUGCAUAUUGGGCCCCUGAAGAAGCUGGAGGAGUUGGAUCCAGACACGCUGGAGUACUGGCGCCUGCUGCGGAGGCAAACCAUCCGUCAGCGGAACAAGGUGGGCAAAACCCGGCCAUUUUGAGCCCAAGAGAUUGGCAAGCAAAACUCACACGGACUCAAAAGGGGACUGAAUCUUUUGCCAUUGCUCUUCCUGCUCUUUGUCUUUUUUGGUGUGAAUGUCGACAAAUAAAGAGAGUUAUUCUGA